CAAAAUGCAAGACUAAAAAACAAGCACAAAAAGCUAAUAAGAUAAACCUCCAAUUUCUCUUUGCUUUCUGCUCUUGAUAUCUUGUUAUGGAAAAGAUGAAUGUUACAUUCGAAGUCGCACCCCACCAAAGGUUAGCAGGGAAGGUGGCAAUUAUAACUGGUGGAGCAAGCGGCAUCGGAGCAAGUGCAGUGCAAAUUUUCCAUGAAAAUGGAGCCAAGGUUGUGAUUGCAGAUAUCCAAGAUAACCUAGGCCAAGCCAUCUCCAAUAAGCUUGGUGGUAAAAAUGUUUCCUACUUCCACUGUGAUGUUAGAAACGAAGAUGAAAUCAACAAUCUUGUGGACGUCACCAUUGGGAAAUAUGGAAAGCUCGAUAUAAUGUACAACAACGCAGGAAUUUUAGAUCGCCCAUUUGGAAGCAUUUUGGACACUACAAAAUCAGAGCUAGAUCGCUUAAUUAGUGUCAACUUGGUUGGUUCUUUUCUUGGAGCCAAACAUGCAGCCAGGGUGAUGGUUCCCCAGGGCCAUGGUUGCAUAUUGUUCACUUCAAGUGCUUGUACAGUAAUUGGAGGGCUUUCUACUCAUUCUUAUGCAGUAACAAAAUAUGGGGUUUGGGGCCUGGCCAAGAAUUUGGCUGCUGAAUUGGGGCCGCAGGGAAUAAGGGUGAACUGUAUUUCACCUUAUGGAUUAGUAACCCCUAUAGGUGGAACAAUUGAUGAAUCUAUCAUACCUGUGGCAGAACAAGCAUUGAGUGAAAUUGGUAAUCUCAAAGGGCAGAUUCUUAGGCCAGUUGGAGUGGCAAAGGCUGCACUGUACCUGGCCAGUGAUGAAGCAAAUUAUGUGAGUGGACUUAACCUUGUGGUGGAUGGAGGGUUCAGUGCUGUGAAUCCUACCAUGAUGAAGUUUUUCAAUCCUGAAGAAAUCGAAACUACACCCAAAGUUAUUCACCGAUCCAAUAUGUGAAAGUAAUGUUAAAAUUUUUUUCAUCUUAAAAAAACUAAGUAGAUGCUAAUUGCAAAAUUAGUUGAAUAUGGCUCUUAUAUGGCUGUUUUUUCUUCUCCAUUUUCUAGGAUCCAAUAAAAGGUCUCUUCUUUUACU